AGGUACAUCAUCUCAUAUUCUCAUUCAUUUUCUAACUUCUUACUCUUCCAUACCAAACUUCAUCUUUGAUAUCUUGUUCUGCUUCCUCUAAGUCUUUCCUUGAGAGAUCUUUCAAGUUCUUUCACUUUCAUUGUUCCACUCACUUUCAAAUCUCAGUUUAGUGUUAUUUUUUGACAAAGAUCUUAGUUUGUUUGUUCUCACACUUUCAGUUCGCGAGGAGCGUUCACUUCUAUCAGUUGAUAACAAAGUCAACAGGUACAUCAUUUCAUCUCAUUCAUUUUCUACAUCUUACUUUCUCUUCCAUAAUACCAAACUUCAUCUUUCAUAUCUUGCUGUGCUUCCUCUAACUCUUUCUUUGUUCUACCCACUUUCAAAUCUCAGUUUUUGUUUUUGUCACAAAGAUCUCAAUUUGUUUGUUCUCACACUUUCAGUGAACCUCUUGGGAUUUGACUACAAUAUCAUGGCAGAGCUGAUUGCUGGAGCAUUUCUUUCGUCAUUCUUUCAAGUCACUCUUGAUAGGAUUGCCUCAAGAGAUUUCAAAGACCUCUUCAAUAAAAAGUUGAUUAACAAACUUGAAAUCACACUGAAUUCUAUCAAUCAAUUGUUGGAUGAUGCAGAGACAAAGAAGUACCAGAACCAAAAUGUUAAGAAUUGGCUCGAUCGUCUUAAACACGAGGUGUAUGAAGUCGAUCAGUUGUUAGAUGAGUUUGAUACACAUGUACAACGAAAGAGCAAGGUUCAACACUUCAUUUCAGCUUUCACUAAUCGAUUUGAAUCUAGGAUCAAGGAUUUGCUAGACAAUCUAAACAUUCUUGCAGAGCAAAAGGAUGUGUUAAGAUUGACAGAAAGAAGUUAUGAAAGUGCAGUUAGCCUGCAAUCCUCAAAAAGAUUGCCAACUGCAUCAUUGGUGGAUGAAUCUUGCAUAUAUGGUAGAGAGGGUAACAAAGAAGAAAUAAUCAACUAUUUGCUGUCAUGCAAGGACAAUGGCAAGCAAGUAUCAACAAUCAGCAUAGUGGGUUUGGGUGGGAUGGGGAAGACCACCCUUGCUCAACUUGUCUACAAUGACCAGAGGAUUGAGAAGCAUUUUGAACUUAAAGCUUGGGUCCAUGUCUCAAAAUCUUUUGAUGUUGUUGGACUCACGAAAACAAUUCUCAGGUCAUUCCGUUCUCCUGCAGACGGUGAAGACUUGGAUCCACUCAUUUGUCAACUACAAAAGACACUAACUGGAAAGAAAUGUUUGCUUGUUCUAGAUGAUGUGUGGAAUGGGAAUGAGCAAUGUUUGGAGCAAUUACUACUUUCUUUUAACCCUGGAUAUUCAGGAAGUAAGAUUAUUGUGACAACACGUGACAAAUAUGUUGCAUUUGUCAUGAAAUCUGACCAUCAACUUCUUUUAAAUCAAUUGGAGGAGAAAGAUUGUUGGAGUAUAUUUGUGAAACACGCUUUUCGAGAAAAAAAUGUGUUUGAAUAUCCAAAUCUUGAAUCGAUUGGCAAGAAGAUUGUAGAGAAAUGUGGAGGGUUGCCUCUAGCUGUGAAAACAUUGGGGAAUCUCCUGCAAAGAAAAUUUUCUCAAGCUGAAUGGUUUAAGAUAUUGGAGACCGAUAUGUGGCAUGUAUCGAAGGGUGGUGAUGAAAUUAACUCAGUAUUGAGAUUGAGUUACCAUAAUCUCCCUUCCAAUCUAAAGCGUUGUUUUGCCUUUUGUUCAAUAUUUCCCAAGGGUUAUGUAUUUGAAAAAGAUGAAUUGAUCAAGCUUUGGAUGGCAGAAGGUUUGCUGAAAUGUUGCGGAAGAGACAAAAGUGAAGAAGAGUUGGGUAAUGAAUUCUUGGAUGAUCUAGAGUCCAUUUCAUUUUUUCAACAACCACUAGAUUAUUUUGGUGAUAAGAGAUUAUUCAUGCAUGAUCUUGUCAAUGAUUUGGCAAAAUCAGAGUCCCAUGAGUUUUGCUUACAAAUUGAGGGUGAUAGUCUUCAAUACAUAACUGAAAGAACACGUCACAUUUGUUGCGAUCUUGAUGUGAAAGAAUGUGAGAGAUUAUUGAAUCACAUUUCUAUGUUCAAGGGAUUACGCAGUUUUUUGGCAGUACCAGGAGGCUAUCGUAAAGACUAUUUCAUGACAAGCAACAAUUUGCAACGUGAUCUAUUUUCGAAACUAAAAUAUUUGCGGAUGUUGUCAUUCUGUGGUUUUAAACUCAAAGAGCUAUCAGGUGAGAUAGGAAAUCUAAAGCUUUUGCGAUAUCUAAACCUGACUGCAUCAUUAAUUGAAAGGUUGCCUGACUCAAUUUGUAAGCUGUACAAAUUAGAGACACUAAUACUGGAAGACUGUUUUGAAUUGACUAAACUCCCUUCAAAAUUUUACAAAUUUGUGAGUUUACGCCAUCUUCAUCUUGAAGGCUGUAAUAUAAAGAAGAUGCCAAAGAAGAUAGGGAGGCUAAACCAUCUUCAAACGCUGAGUGAUUUUGUUGUGGGAGAACAGAGUGGGUCUGAUAUUAAGGAGUUGGGUAAUCUCAAUCAUCUUCAAGGGGAACUUUGUAUUUCAGGGAUGGAACAUGUCAUCGAUCCCGUGGAUGCUGCAGGAGCAAAUUUGAAAGAUAAGAAACAUGUAGAAGAAUUAAAUAUGGAGUGGAGUUACAAAUUCAACACCAAUGGAAGAGAAUCAGAUGUCUUUGAGGCUCUUCAACCAAAUAGCAGCUUGAAGAGGCUUAUCAUCUCACACUACAAAGGUAAUAGGUUUGCAAAUUGGAUGAGGGGUUGUGAUUUACCCAACUUAGUUUCAAUUAGACUAAAUCUCUGUGCUUUAUGUUCCGAGUUGCCACCACUUGGACAACUCCCUUGUCUCAAAGAGAUUUCAAUUUCAGGCUGUGAUAAAAUAAGGAUCAUAGGGAAAGAAUUUUAUGGCAAUAAUUCCACAAAUGUUCCAUUCAGAUCCCUUGAAAUUCUGCAUUUUGAUUCGAUGUCGGAAUGGGAGGAAUGGUCACAUCUUGAAGGGUUUCCUUUGCUUAAAGAGCUUUCUAUAAAAAAAUGUCCCAAGUUGAAAAGGGCUCUGCCUCAACACCUUCCUUCUUUACAGAAACUGGAGAUUAAAGAUUGCAAGAAGUUGGAAGCAUUAAUUCCGAAGUGUGAUAAUAUGAUAGAGUUAGAUAUAAAGAGAUGUGAUAGAAUUUUGGUAAAUGAAUUGCCGACAAAUUUGAAAAGUUUAUUCCUUUGUGAUAAUCAGUACACCGAGUUCUCCGUGGACCAAAAUCUAAUCAAUAUUCUCUUUCUUGAAGUGUUGAAGUUUGAUUUCAGAGGCUGUGUAAACUGUCCCUCUUUGGAUUUACGUUGCUAUAAUUCUCUUCGUGAUCUUUCAAUAAAAGGAUGGCACUCCUCCUCCUUGCCUUUGGAACUACACUUGUUCACCAGUCUUAGUGCUCUGCGUCUGUACGAUUGUCCAGAGCUGGAAUCGUUUCCAAUGGGUGGUUUGCCUUCCAACUUGUGCAGUCUUGGAAUAUACAAUUGCCCAAAACUGAUUGCUUUGAGAGAGCAGUGGGGUUUGUUCCAACUCAAUUCUCUGAGAGCUUUCGGUGUUAGUGAUGAGUUUGAAAACGUGGAGUCGUUCCCAGAGGAGAAUCUGCUGCCACCAACUAUUCACUUUCUCUGGUUCUCUAAUUGUUCAAAGCUAAGAAUAAUGAACAAAAAGGGUUUUCUCCACCUCAAAUCUCUCCAAUAUCUAGAUAUUAUCAACUGCCCUAGUCUUGAGAGCUUGCCAGAGAAGGAGGCUCUACCCAACUCCCUUUAUAGAUUGUGGAUUGAAGAUUGUGGAAUAAUAAAGGAGAAGUAUGAAAAGGAGGGAGGAGAGCGUUGGCAUACAAUUAGUCACAUCCCUGGUGUGUUUAUUGUAUAAUUGUUCAAAGCUAAGAAAAAUGAACAACAAGGGUUUUCUCCACCUCAAAUCUCUUAAUUGGCUAUGUAUCACCUACUGUCCUAGUCUUGAGAGCUUGCCAGAGAAGGAGGAUGUACCCAACUCCCUUUCUAGAUUGCGGAUUUAUGAUUGUGGAAUAAUAAAGGAGAAGUAUGAAAAGGAGGGAGGAGAGUGUUGGCAUACAAUUAGUCACAUCCCGAAUGUGAGGAUUGACCGAAUUUGGCAGGAGAAAUGAGAUGUUGCCGCAGGAGUGAGAGCUUGCCAGAGAAGGAGGCCCUUUUUAGAUUGUACAUUAAUAAUUGUCAAAUAAUAAAGGAGAAGUAUGAAAAGGAGGGAGGAGAGCGUUGGCAUACAAUUACUCACAUCCCGAAUGUGUGGAUUAAUUGAUGAAAUUAAGCAGGAAUGAGAUGUUAUGGGUCCCACAUUUGGUCAAAUCUUUUUGGUUUGGAAGGCUAAGAGGAUUUUGCGUUUGGGAAUGGUGCAAAGAGCGGUGGCAAUUUAUUUUUGAGGGUAUUCUGGUAAAUGAUGAUUGUGGUAUUUUACCCAAAUGGAGUUCCCAACACAUCUUUUUUCCUCUUCUGCUGAAUUACAACCUAUGUGCAUCUUAUUUCACAAUCAUUUGAUGUAUACUGUAAUAAAUAAUCAUAAUCAGUCUUUAUUUGAGUUCUUACAAUUAAAACCAGUUUCCAUCAGAUGUCUUUUGAAAACAAGUGCAAAAAAAUAAAAUAAAAAAUAACACUAUGUUACGCAA